CUCGGAGUAGUCAAAACAUAAGGAAUACUUCCACUAGGUGGCAAUAUAGUCUAAUAUUAUUGGUAGCAAACGUUCCUUUAGAAAGAAAGAAAAUCACUCGUUAUAUUCUAAAUUCUAAUUAUCGUCGCUUUUGAGCAUAUUAGAGCUAAGAUAUAAUUUCUCAAGCUAAAUUCAUAGGCUACUUAACAUCAUCGUCCAAAAUGCAGGCUGCACGGCAAAGCUGCUCUUGUCUCACCGGGGUAAUCGUUCAGGGCCGGACCAACUUCCUUCUGAGCUCCAGUAAGAUGGCUUCGCUGCGGAGAGGACUGUCCUACAUCAACUUUAUCAGAAGCACUGUGUGUGCCCUGGGCAGCAACAAAUUGACUCGUCAACAGUUUCUCCGUCUUCCCGAGACCGUGCGAACAAACAUUGUGCCCUUCAGCGUUGGUAGUGGCUUGUGCGCCGUUCCUUUUACACAGCAAGCUGAACAACUCUCUCACGAAGCCCUGAUCCGAAGAGCAUCCAACCUGGUCACGGACAGCGCAAACACCUACCUCUCUCAGACCACUCUGGCCCUGGUGGACUCUCUGACACAGUAUGCCAAAGCACUGCACACCCUCAUUGCCCUGCAGAGGCGCUACUUGGCUACCAUCGGCAAGAUUACCCCAGCAGAGGAGGACAGCAUUUGGCAAGUGAUCAUUGCCCAGCGCGUCGAGGUGGGUGACAGACUGGAGGCUUGCAACCGAUUUGAGACUAACUGGAUGAAUGCCAUCAACAUCUGUGAAAUGGCAUCAGAGGCAGCAUAUAGUUCAGGAGCUGAACAUGCAUCGGUCACAGUGAAGAGCCACAUCCAGAUGGCCAAGGUCCAGGUGGAGGACACCAGACAGAUCAGCAAGGAUGCCGAGAGGGGAUUGGCCGAGAUCAAGGCCGAGGAGAUCCAGAGGAUGGCCGAGUACUCCAGCACCCGUGACAUCAACGUGGAGGACAUCCCCGAGGCCUACCUGAGGGAGGACUGAAACGGUCAACUCUUAGCACCCCAGAAUCACUACAGGACAAUGCAGGACUUGAUGGUCCAAACCAUUUAUACUGCACUGUGAACCUUUUAAGUGUACACAGUCCAGUAAAUAGUCACAGAGUUGCCUACUGGCCGUCUUUGUGCAGUUGAAAAAAGUGCCAUAGGCAGCAUGAUGCUGAUCAGUCAUGUACAUGACUGUAAAGCCCUGCAACUGACUUUUGAUGUUAAGUAUUAUAAGGUAACUUUUCAGGAGUUUUGGAAUCAGAAGUAUCAGAAGUAUGAAUGUUGAAUUCAUUCUGAUGUUGUACUCUGAAAAAUUAUUAUGCUUUACAGAUUGUUUGUUUUCUUUUCAAAUUACAUAUACACAUCUUUGAAUAACAAAAGCUAUAACGUGUAUUGAAUAUCAGAUUUUGAUCAAUUGGAGUUAUCAAAGAAGCUAAAUAGUUGGAAUUCUAUGUUGAAAUGUAUUACAUUUAUUCUACCAAAAUUGUGGAAGAAAUGUUGUUAUAUUUACCUAUUUAAGAUACUUUUGGUUUUGAAUAUUUAAACAAAGUAAUCUGCCAUCAGGUUAUUUUACUCAAAUACAAAUACAACAGAAGUGUGUGAAUUAUUUGAGUUGUAUUUUGAGGAUUUUUUUGUCGUUCAUGUCAUAUGUCAUGUUUAUCCUAGUGUUGAAAGUGUUUUGUCAUCAUUUUGAACACUUUUGGAUGUUCUUGAUCAUGUGUAUAAGCUAAUAUUUAAUAAAGAGACUAUUUUUUAUACACA